AUGUACCGGCCCUUCUCGCGCCGGAAUUUCCCUCGCCUUCAUUCGUCGCGCGCUCUCUCUCCCCUCUCCGCUUCGGGUCGGCUCCCCGCCGUAAAAGCUCGAUGGCCUGGCAGGCGAUCCCCUCGCACAACCCUUCUGGCGCACCUGCCACGCCAACGUGCGCGACUACAUGGUGCGUCCGCUCGCCCACCCGGUGCCAGUGCUUCCGCGACGCUGAUCCUCAGCACCGCGUCGCACGCCGAUACGUGGGCCGCUCCUCGCCGCGCUGCAGUCCACGCUGCUCGUCCACCUCACCUUCCACUUCCCGCCCGCGUCCCCAGGGUGGUCCACGGCGAUGCACAUUGCGACGGUCGACCGCCUGUGCGAGGCGGAGCUCCGCCAGCUCUUCGCGCUCUUCGCGCUCCCACCGACGCUCGCGCGCGCGCGUUCCCGUCGCUCCGCAUCCUCGCGCUCCGCUCCUGCCGCCCCGGGACGACCGCCUGGGACAACGCGCGCGAAAGCGAGCGGGGGCUGAGCGCGCGGGACUUGCCCCCAGAGCUCGCGGCGGGGCUCGCGCGGGAGGACGACGUCGAGCGGCUGUGGGAGCCGACGAGCGUAUGCGUCCGCCCAGCGCUGCGGCGGUUCCGGAAGGAGGGUGGUG